AUGAUGGCCGUCCUUUUUUCAGUCAGACAUGGGAUAAUGAAUCUCAGGGGGGUAGUUGGUCUUCCUGCUGAGAGAGGAAUACCUACUUUGAUAAUGUGGAAUUACGGUGGCAAUGAUGUUGCUGUGGAGGGAUCUUGGGACAACUGGACAUCAAGGAAGAAGUUGCAAAGAUCGGGAAAGGAUUAUUCAAUUCUUUUGGUACUGCCAUCAGGUAUAUACCAUUACAAGUUCGUUGUGGAUGGUGAAUGGAGAUAUAUUCCAGAUAUUCCUUUUGUAGCUGAUGAGAUGGGCCAUGUUUAUAAUCUUCUUGAUGUUCAU